AUGGAGGACCACACCCAUGAGAUCACCGAAGUACCAGAGGCGGCCAGAGUCGUCACUAUGGCUUUGUCUAUGAUAACUAUCAGUGUACUUGCCAUAUGCCUCACUCGCCGAAUCCAAUUCGUGAAGAAUUGGAAGGGAAUCUCUAUGACCAAUGGACUAAUCAUUGCGAUAUACAUCGACUCCUUCCUCUUUAUCUUCUGUACCGCUGUACUAUCCAAAGCAUACUCAUUAAACCAGUCCCGCGGUAUCUGCGAUGGGGCGAUCCUGCUCUGUUUACUGUGUUACAUGUCAACUAAAGUUAUGAUCUACUACUUCUUGGUCGAGAAAGUUUAUAUCAUUCGAACCAUCAAUACACCGAGGAUGAAGAGCAAGCUAUGGCUUUUCAACUUCUUUGGUGUGAUCUGUCCUUACGUGGUCUUGGUGAUACUGAACUUUGUGUUCCGUAUCGCAUACAUCAACGAGAAAGGAGUCUGUGUCAUUGGCAUGAAACGCAAGGCAUUGGUCCCCCUAAUCACUUUCGAUGUCCUCUUGAAUGUCUACCUGACCUCACUUUUCCUACAUCCGCUCCGUCAAUGCUACUCGUUCAAGACAGGAACAAGCUCAAGAAUGCGAACACUCGUGUUCCGGACAUUCGUGGGUAGCUGCGCUACUCUCGUCAUGAGUGUAGUCAACUUAUCCAUUCUUACCAUUCUCGAUGGAGAACCAGGAUACAUCUGCCUGUGCCUAUGUAACAUCGACAUUUUGUUCACAGUCAUAGUCUUGCAUUGGGCGACAGCGGUCGACCGUCAAGAUCAAACUACAAAUACUGGUUCCAGAAAGCCCAAGAACACGCUUGACUCGAGCCGAGGAGGACUGACCAGCGCGACUGGAGGCAAACAAGGCGAUUAUGUGGAACUGGACGAAAGAGCGGUGUCCAAGCUCACAACUAAGAUCGAGGCCAACAGAACCAGCCCGGGUAACGACAGGAUGAACUCGCACGCGAUCGAAGUUAAGACCCAACACGUACAAGAGGUCGAAAUCGAGCCGUACGACAUAGAUUGUGAGAGUGGUAACAAUUGGAGGGAAAGUCAAGAGCGGAUAGUCAAGCCUGGUAGCAUCUAGCUUGACCGGUAGCGGAGGGUGCUUCAGCAGUUACAAGAUGUUCUCAGCAGCUGUACAACCUCAGCUCCGCUGUCGCAAGACCCGAGACUGCGUUACUACCAGUCCUUUUCCCAUUUAACAGUUUUAAUGUCGUUCAAACGGAGCCGACUCCUUAUAUCAAGAACAAAGAGCCUCUGUUUAUAUAUUUGAAGGAAGGCGAGUACAGAGGAAGCCAAACACAGUGAUAGGCACCAAGGCUUGGUCAUCUCGCCUGGAUGCCUGGCAACGCAAGAUGC